UAUGAACGUGGAUGAGAAUCGCUAGUCUUCCCUCUCCCUACCUAGAGAACGCUACAUUCCACCAGAACCAGACAAGAAAUAGCGCAAAGAAUCCCUCGCCAUGGCCUCGCAAACGAUCAACGCGCGGAGCGAGAUCGAUACCUCCAAAAUGCGUAUCGAUCCGCACUCGGCCAUGUCGGACACCCAUGUGCCGACUUAUUGCCUGCCCGAGUUUGGGAAAGACGGGGUUGUCAAGGGAGAAUUGAAAGAUGGGUAUUUCGUACCUGCGGGAGCGAUGUUGCCUCUGGGCGCAGGUAUACAAGCGGGGACGAUCUUGAAAUAUGGAGGGUACUUUCCGGCUGGGACUGCUUUUCCCAAGGGCGUCAUCGUACCUCUUCAUGCGAGGAUGGUCAAUGUCUUACCUGCGGAGACGAUAGACCCACCGGCGAUCCAGCGGGAAGAGAUUUGCGUGAUUAUGUGAAGGAGGAGUGAUGCCUUGGUCGGAGGGGUUUAUACCCAGGAUCGGAUAGACGAAACCGUUGGGGAGCGUCGUUGCUUCGUGUCUUGGUCCCUGAAGGGGCUUUGAGCACCGAUCAUGGUCUCUCCUCCUCUUCCAAGCCAUGCCAGUCUUCAGCUCUCAGGAAGAAUCUACCGCGAUGCACACGAAUGUGGAAGGCUGUGCGUCCUGAAACGGCAUGGCGACGAUGGCGCCACAUCACGAUUUGAAGAACCAUCGUCUCCUCCUCACAUGACCGUGUAGUCCGCAAAAGUCGGUAUGUCUUCCUUUGAGCAUACUCUGCCUUUCAAAUCCGGUCUGAUGUCCUGCUCAAGCGAUACUGAACAGGCGUUGUAGACGGGGUAUAUAUAAAGCUUUCCGCCAAACCU